UCGACGCCGCCGCUCGGCUCGCCUUGGAGAGUUGCGCGCUGGCAGCGGCGGCGGUUGCGGCGGCGGCGUCCUUUCCCACCAGCCCCCGGCCAGUGCCGACGAGGGCGGAGCCCAGGCCCUGCCGCCGCCCUCCCUUCUCUCCCCCACCCCCAGGCAGCAACAUGGCGGCGGUGUCAGGGGCAGCGGCGGCGGGCGGCUGUGGCAACCCGGCCGGGGCCCCGGAGAUGGUGCGAGGCCAGGUCUUCGACGUGGGGCCCCGCUACACCAACCUCUCCUACAUCGGGGAGGGCGCCUACGGGAUGGUCUGCUCUGCCUAUGACAAUAUCAACAAAGUUCGGGUGGCUAUAAAGAAAAUAAGCCCCUUUGAGCACCAGACUUACUGCCAGAGAACUCUGAGAGAGAUCAAAAUCCUGUUGCGCUUCAGGCAUGAAAAUAUUAUUGGAAUCAAUGACAUCAUCAGAGCACCAACGAUUGAACAAAUGAAAGAUGUCUACAUUGUGCAAGAUCUCAUGGAGACAGACCUUUACAAGCUCUUAAAGACCCAACAUCUCAGCAACGACCACAUCUGUUAUUUCCUGUACCAGAUCCUGAGAGGAUUAAAAUAUAUCCAUUCAGCCAAUGUGCUGCAUCGUGACCUCAAGCCUUCCAACUUGCUGCUGAACACUACUUGUGAUCUCAAGAUCUGUGACUUUGGAUUGGCUCGUGUUGCAGAUCCAGAUCAUGAUCAUACUGGGUUCCUGACAGAGUAUGUGGCCACACGUUGGUACAGAGCUCCUGAAAUCAUGUUGAAUUCUAAGGGUUAUACCAAAUCUAUUGAUAUCUGGUCUGUAGGUUGUAUUUUAGCAGAGAUGCUGUCAAACAGACCCAUCUUUCCAGGAAAACACUAUCUUGAUCAGCUGAACCACAUCCUUGGGAUCCUUGGGUCGCCUUCUCAAGAGGACUUGAACUGUAUAAUCAAUUUGAAAGCCCGGAAUUAUUUGCUUUCUCUGCCAUACAAAAAUAAGGUGCCAUUGAACAGGUUGUUUCCAAACGCUGACCCCAAAGCUCUGGAUUUGCUGGAUAAAAUGCUGACCUUCAACCCUCAUAAGAGAAUCGAAGUGGAAGAAGCUUUGGCCCAUCCAUAUCUAGAGCAGUAUUAUGACCCAAGCGACGAGCCUGUAGCUGAAGCACCCUUCAAGUUUGACAUGGAGCUGGAUGACUUGCCAAAAGAAAAACUGAAAGAACUGAUUUUUGAGGAAACAGCACGAUUCCAGCCAGGAUAUCGGUCUUAAAUUGCAUAUGGGAUGAAGGCGUUAAAGGGCUGGGCGUACUCCUCCGUGUAGAUGUUCCCUUCCUGGUUCUUUAUCUGUGGUCGUGCCUUGUGGCCAAUCUCAGCAUAUCCACUAACCACUUCAAGCCAUUCAGGAGGGCUGUUUCUGGUAGUCCUGCCUUCCAUGCUUUCAAUUGCUUCUUUAUUUAUGCCUGGGAAACUUGUCUCCGAUAACUCCCGUGUGUAAUGUCGAUGACUGACCUCCUGCACUACUGUGUACGGUCCUCUCAUACAUAACCCCCCCGCUGCUGGCAGUGGGCAGCAUCUAGACUGCAAUGGCCGUGACGAGCCGCAUUGCAGUUAAUGGGACCGAACUUGGCCAUGACUAACUUGUCUCUCUGGUUUUGGUGGGGCCUCAGUCAUAACUAACUCGGCUGGAUGCUGCCCAGGAUGUUGAAACUGCUUCCUUUCUGAUUUUGAAAGAUGCAGUGUGUUGUUUCGGGCUUUAAUCAAGAAAGAUGGCAGGCCAAGAGGUUUACGCCAUGAGAAUGUUUGUUUUUCUAGGUUUUUGUUAGUGACACUUUUUUUUUUUUUAAGCUACCAUUAGGGCACUUUAGGUCAGUGGCCUGCCCACCCGUUUGCACUUCUUUAAACAGUAGUGGUUUACUAACAUGCACAAUGCAGGCAGGCAGAUUAACAGCAGCAUCAGCCACACUAAUGUUCAGUCCUGUUUAUGCACUUGUUCUGAGUUCUUGUUAACAUAUCGGUUAAAGCUGGGCAUUGGACGAAGGCGUCUAGAGAGCGUGCUUUGUGUAACCAAACGAUGGUGCAGGGAGAGGGGCUUUCUUCUCUAACAGGUCAUAGGUACUUGUGCAAUUUUAAAGGAAUGGUACUUCUAAAGUAUUGGGGAUGGGGCCAGAGCUCAAUGGUGGAGAGUCUGCUUAGGAUGCAGAAGGUCCCAAGUUCGCUCCCUGGCAUCUCCAGGUAGAGCCGAGAGAUGUGUCUGCCUGAAGCCUUGGAAAGCUGCUGCCAGUCAGUGUAGACAAUACUGAGCUGGAUGGACCAAGGGUCAGACUCGGUAGAGGGCCGCUUCCAAUGUGAAAUUCCUGCUUUCUGUCAUGUUUCCAAGUGUUCUUGGCAGAAAGAAAGUGAGCUAGCUGCUUGGUGCUUAGUGAGAGAGCCGAUAAUUAUUCAGGACAGCAUUGCAUCUCGGAGAGUUGUUUUGUGGAGGGCACCCAUGCAGUGCACAUUAGUGAGCAGAGGCGCUUCUGUGAUCACCUUAAACCUCAUACAUCUCUUGGAUACCAGUGAAACAUUUGAUGUGUCUGUUUAUAAGCCUUGGGCAACAUUCAGGCUAAGAGGCGUGGCCCUUGAAAUCAAUGAGAUGAGCGAGUCAUUAACUGAAGUCACACUAGAGGAUGGGGCAGUCCUUCAGUGGUGGACUUGCUGCUUUUCAUGCAGGAGGUCCUGGUGGUAGCAUCUCCACCAGCAGUCUGUCUGGAACCCUGGAGAAGCCGCUGCCAGUCAGUGUAGACAAUACUGCACCAGAUGGACCAAGGGUCUGACUUGCUCUAAGGCGACUUCCUAUGUUCCUAUUAAUUUCAAUGGGAUUUAGACUGGAUGUUGCCCCACUGAAUUAUAUGUUGACAGCAAAGGAACACUGCUUCUUUAAAUAAGAAAGUUAGAAGUGGACCUUGGCGCACACAGCAUGUUGACAUCUCCAGUUUCUUUCUUGCGACCACCCCCUGGCACGAUAGCCUCUCAAAUCCUCUUGAGUUUGUGACCUGAGCUGCUGUUUGGUCCCAGCAAUGCUGAUUGUUAAGGCCACCAAACAAAGUUUAUCGAUCGGUCACGUUUCCUCGAGACGUUCUACCUUUUUUCUAAUGAUCGUUCUUCAAGUACUUGUUUCUGAAACUGUAUCAUGUGGAGUUUGCUAGGUGUUCGGUUUCCAGUGGAGUGCCUCCUUGACUUUCCCCACUGCUCCGUGGUGAGAAGUUUGCCUUGUUUCAGAUAAUUACUGUGCCCUCGCAUGACUGUUAAAAAGCUUUCUGUGCAAAAAUGAUUGUCCAAGUACCACAUGCCUAUGGUUGAAAAAAAGUUACCUCCAAGUUGUGUUAAAUGAACUUCUAUCCAACAAAUAACUUGGGGGCGGAGGGAAUAGGUUUGGGGUUUUUUUGUUUCACCUGUUCAUUUCUCUGCUCUGUUUUAAUUUGCCAGCAGUGAAGAAUGAAUUGUAUAGAGACUGCUUACUAAUAUAAACAAAAAGCGCACUUGUAAUUAAUAAAUUUUUAAUCUUGUAUCUUUAUAUUUACCUUUCAAACAGUUUGAUUUGAUCUCUGAUCAUCCUGAUUUCCAUCUUCAUGCUUUAUUUGGCUACUGUGGUAUUUAAGGACGCUUGUUUGUGUAUAGCACGAGUUUUAUUUGUCAAUAUAAUUUAGAAAGCUGUUAACCUAGAUUCUUGACAGAUCUAUUUUUAUGCAUAUUUACUAAGAUCAAUAAGACAUAUUCCCAAAUAAUUGUAUAUAGGAUUAUGGCCCCAGGCCCUGAUCCAGCUCAAGUUAAUCAUUACAAAGUUCAGUUUAAGACUUAAAUUGGUCAUAGCUAAGCAGUUUGGAUGGGGCAUGCAUGUUUCUGUGUAAACAUGAAUUCUUUGAGACUUAGUGAGUGAUCUUAAUCUAAUAUAUGGUUUUGCUUUCUAGCCAACUGUCUUUCUGUAUGCUAGUCAGUUUUAGUUACUAGUAGCUUCAGCUGGAUUGGGGCCCCAUGUAUCAGGGUGCUUGCAGGACACACAAUUCUUAAUAUUUUAAGUAUUUCAUUUGCACAAGCCAACUUUUAAUGAACAGAACUUCAAAGGGCAUUUUCUAUUCACUUUUGUGGUCCAUAGUACUCCUUCUUUGUAAAACACAGACUGGGAACAUUGUUGGGAAACUCUGCACAAGUGACUUGGCAGAUGAUCUUUGAUCCUGCACUUGACUGUUCAUCUUGUGUGGAAACUUUUCUUGGGCUUUUCUGCACAUUGCAUUCACAACUUCACUAAAAUGCCUGCACGUAGCUGAUAGGCUUCACCAUAACCCAGGUCUCACUCCUGCUGGAACAUCGCAGCAUUAACUUGGUGGAUUUUGAAAGAUGACUGUUAACAAAAACUAGUGAGAACACCACGGUUUUGUUAAAGAACAGCUAUAAUUGCUUUUCAUCUUUAUCUCCCUGCAUCUACAUGUUGACUGUGUUUAAUUUGUAUUCUCUUCUAAUUUACAUUUGUACACACCAAUCACUGUUGUGAAUUAAUAUCUGGUGCCUGAGGCACUCUUUCUGUGUGUCAGAUAUUGAACUGAAACUGUUAACUUGCAGUCAGUGAAUGCUGUCGAGCUUGAAUUUCUGCCUUGAUAAGGGCAGAAAUUUUGACAGAAUAGGAAGGCUUUUAAAAUGUUCAACAAUGUGUACUUCUAAUUGUGUGGUUCCCCCCUUUCCUAUCCUAGUCUGUCUUUCUGCAUACUCUUUUUGGAAAUUCCUACAAGAACUAUGAAAACUCUGAACUGCCAUUAUUGAUGUGGUGUGCAGUGAUAUUAAAGCUUAUGCAGAGCCCUGUGGUAUAAAGAUUGCCGCUGUUGUGAGUUGACUGAAGAGUGUGCAUAGUCACUGCUCACUGUGUGAAAUCCUUUGGAUGAAUUCAUAUUCCACAUGGAUGUGAUAGAUAUUGAUGAGGCAAUAUACAGCAUUCCCCUCUGAUGCGGUCAGUCUGAAUGCAUUCUCCAUUCAGCUCACAUCAGCCACAGCGGACACAAGCUGUUGAACACCCUAGUCUUAAACUAACAAGCCCCUGCAAGUCCUUAGCAGUGUAAAGCAACAAGAUUUUGUCUCCUGUGACUGCACUUUGUUGUUGGAAGCCUAAUUUUCCUCCUAAAGCCAUACACGUAUGUCAUACAUGGGGAGCUUUGUAAUGCAUACUCAAUACACCCAGGUCAGCUUUCACUGGUCUCUGGUGUUAACAGAAGUCUGUUUCUACUGUAACAUAUUUCAAUAUGAAACUGCCUUCUACUUAGACCAGUGGUCUAUCUAGCCCCAACAGCGGCUCUUUGGCCCUGGGGGAAGCUUUCUCAACCCUGUUACCAGGGAUCCAGAAAUCCUGGAAAUAGCAAUGAUUUAACCUGGGAUUCUCCUGGCUUGCAGUUCUCCCACUGUGCUGUGGACGCAUCUGCUCUACUAAAGUAUAUCGGAAAGAUGGAGUUGAUUUCUGUACACUUUUAGUAUAUGACUCCGUGCUUAAUGAAUCAAUUUUUGACUAGUCCAGACAAAAAAACCAGCGUCAACUUUAGUCCCUUGCAUAGUACUUCUAUAUUUAUAAAGCAAUGUUUUGAAAUAUUCCCAAGUUUUAAGGGGAAGUAUUUUUGUAAGUGUCUCAGUUAAAAGUCCAAGAAAUCCUUUUAACACAAGUUUGAAAUAGGUUUAUGCUUUUAAAAGAAUUGGAUUGGAAUUUUUAAAAAUCUCAAGUAAUAGAAAGUGCACAUGAAUGAAGCCCUUCCUACAAUCAGUAUUGUUGCCUGUGCUUUGAUUAGAAUGGAAUACUGGGAGAAAUUCAGCAGGACAGCUAACCAUCUAAACCCAGAACAAACCUUUUAAAAGUUGCAGCAGGGUUGCUUACAAUUGUUGCCUUUUCUUGUGGUGUUUGUGUGGAGCCGUUUCUACAGGAAAUACUUUUGCGUUGUAUUUGAUUUGUACUGUGGUGCCUUAGCCAUGUACCCCAAUCAUACUGCAUAGCUGACUUUUAGUUCAUGGUAAGUUUAAAACCGAAGACAAAAGCAGAAUUUUAUAUAUUUUAAAACAAAUGGUUUUUCUGUACGUUGUAGUGUAACAACUAAACAUUUAUAUUGUGUGACAGAUUUGUGAUUUUGGGUUAAUAUAAUGCGUAGAAUGAUUGUAAUUAGGAAAGGUUUAUAUUUUGUCUUAAUUCUGUUGAUGUAAGCGUACAUAUUUUUUUAAAUCAGUUAAUUAAAUGUCUUGUUAGUAUAUGCCAUCUGAUUCUUGUAAAAACAAAUGUGAUGGAAUUAUUAAAUUGUGAUCCUGCA